AUGAACGUUUCCGCGACGGCGGCGGCGGCGGCACACCCUGCAGAAGUACAAGAUGACGGCAGUAGCAGCGGGCAGCACCGCCAAUACCGCACCGUCUGCAUCGGCGGCACCUUUGACCACCUGCACGCCGGCCACAAGCUCCUCCUCACCGGCGGCGCCCUACUGCUCGACAUGCCGAGGGGGGUCGACGAGGGCCUGCCGGCUCCCCCAGACCCGCCCGCCCGCUUCAUCGUGGGCAUCACGGGUGACGAGCUGCUCAGGAACAAGCGGUACGCCGACCUGGUCGAGCCCUGGGACCGCCGCGCCAGGGCCGUCAUCGACUUCUUGUCCACCUUGCUCGAGCUGCGGCCGGCGGGCUGGAAGUACAGGCGAGGGGGAGGCGGCGGCCGAGCGAGCUGCGGCUGCUACGGGAUCGCCGAGGCGGACGGCGACUUCCGUGCCUCCUUCCGGGACGGAGCCGUCUCGGUAGAGUGCGUGCGGAUACAGGACGCCUUUGGCCCCACCAUAACCAUGCCCGAACUCGAGUCCCUGGUCGUCUCGGCCGAGACGAGGUCUGGCGGCCAAGCUGUCAACGACAAGCGCGCCGAGCUUGGCUGGGCACCCCUGCGGAUUUUCGAGGUUGAUGUGCUCGAUGCCGGCAGCGGCGAGGAUAACGAUGGGGAACAGCCCACCCCAACCAGUGGCUUUGCAUCCAAGAUCAGCAGCACCGCCAUUCGCAAGGCCCUAGCAGAAUCCCAACCGUGA